CUGGUGGAGGGGGGGGGGGUUGCCUGCAAGGUGCUGGAGGCGGAGAGCAGGCAGGGCUCCGGCAUCCCCCCCAGACUCCCACCAAUCAGGUCAUGGGGAGCCCAGCAUCCUCUGCCGCCCCCACCCGCCCACUCCCAUAUGAACGUGUGGGGACAGACAGCGGGCAGACGUGUGACUCUGCCCAUGGGACCGCAAAGCCAGGGCCGCCAGUCUGGGGCAGGACUCCUGUGUCCAGGCCUAGGGGAGGGGACAAGAAGCAGGCUUUGGCCCCUGUGUGUGUCCCCGGUCUCUUGCCGGGGCGCUGUCUGCAGACUCACUGCGGAGCGCAGGCCUUGGGGAGGGAGCCCUCAGGGAGCUGGGCCCUGAUGCUCCGGACAGCCCUCUUCAGUCCCCACCCAACUAGGGAUGUUGGGUUAAUAGGCACUUAGACCCAGGACCCCCGCCUGAGAAGAGGGAGGGGACACUAGUCACCUCUGAGUCAGGGACAGGGCCACACUUGGGCCUGGUGAGUUCCAGGAGGGUGGCCCCAGCCUAGGGGCCUCUCUUGCAUCCCCUCCCUGGCUCCAGCACUAUGCCCCGUUUAUUUCCCAGCAAUUCUCCAGAAAGGGUUGAUUUCUGUGCAGGGAGCGUGGCGUCCGGGAGAAUCUGCAGGUAGGACACAUCCUAGAUACCUCUAAGUUGCCACACCCAGAGAGAGGUCAGGGAUUCUUCUUGCAUUCCUUGUCCUGCCUCCCCCAGUAUGCCCCCCUCCUCACCUGCUUGUGCUGGUUAUGUAAUUAACCCAGCUGAGGCUCUCUGCCAAGCUGACAGUGUCCAGGGAUGCCUGAGGGGCCCAGGGCCUGGAGGGAUUUGGGGGGAGGAGGGACUGGUACGUACCCCAGUGGGAAGCCCAUAGAAGUGGAUAAACACCUGUUGGGGAAAGGACACCACAUGGGACAGAAAGGAGAUCAGGGUCCUCGUUUGGUUGAUAGCUCGGCUGGCUGUAUGGUUUUCACUUCCCUGAGUCUCUGGUUUUUGGUUUUGGUUCUACCUUCAGUAAAACAGGGAGAAGAGUCUCUCUCCCUCCCUCUCUUUCUCAUACACACACACACCAUACAACAUAUAUGUGAACAACAGCGCAACAGUGGAUAGUGACCCAUCCUGGGGUUGCUAGGAGGUCCCACUGAGAUCUUAGUAAACCUCAGGUGAAUGAAGGACCCCCGUACAUAACCGUGGCCGCUGUUAGUUGAACACCUGCUGUUCCUGGCACUGGGUUUUACUUUCAUGACCUCACAACACCCUAUGAAGUUUCUUGCCCAAGGACACAUUUUAGGUGGCAGAGCUGGGAACCAAACCUUGGUGGGUCUCACCCCAAAUCCUGCCUUCUGUUUACUGUCUGUACACAUACCCAAUAGAUUGGAUUUUCUGAGCCAGGCCAGACUGAGGGACAUUCAGCUGUGAACUGUGCAUAUAUGGAAAGAACAUAUAUCCACAGAGAGGACAUGCACAUAACCUGAAAAGCAUGGCCUUGUCGGAAUCCAGCAAAUCCGUCUGCCCUGGGCCCACAUAGUAGGCACUGGUGUCACCCUCCCGUGAACAGUCCCUGGACAGGAGGUCUCAGGCGUGGACCAGCCUCCCUGGUCACCAUCCCCAACAGAAGGAGAAAGCAGCUGGUUAGGAGGUUUGCUUGGAUUAUCCCAGAAGUAGGGCCUGUUAACCCCACUUUAUAUGUGUGCAGACUGGGCAGGUGAUUUGCCCUCUGACCACAGCUAGGAAACAUCAUAGCCGGGGUUUACCCCUAAGCUCUGAAGUCACCGAAACUGAGCAUAGCAAGGUCCAAGCCUGUGGCAGUCCUUUCCUGGGCACCUGCUAUGUGCCAGGCCCUCUGAGUUUGGGGGGAUGCCAGAGAAUGAGACAUAGCCCUUGGCCUGUAGGCAUUGACCAGCUAGAAGCACUAAACUCAGAGGAGGUCGGAGGUAUUGCAACUUUGUGGAGGGGAGGCUGUUGCUGUCAGCUGUGUGCCCUUGGGCAUGCUUCUCGCUCCCUCUUGAGUCUUCUGGAAAGGGGGAUGGUUACCCAUCCCUGAGGGCUACUGUUUUGACUAUGGAUAACCAUGUGGCUGUGCUAACACUAAGUGUUCAACAAGUAGUGUGCUCCAGAGCCAGAGCAGUCAUCUGGGCCAGGGUUCCCAACAGGAUGUAAAACAUCCUGCCCAACAAAGGACUCUCUCCACAAAAUGCUGUGAGUGUCUCUGAUGAGACACGCUCGGCCUUGGCUCAUCCUGGGCUCUAUGGGAAAGUGGGGAUUGGAGCAAGUCUAGGGUGCGUCCCACUCUGCUCUGCAGCCUGGCCUGGCUGGGGGGGUCGGAAGUGGCCACAUGUCUGAUCAUAACACAAGAAAGAGUGAUUCCCACCGGUGGGCGGGUGGCAGGAAAAAAAAUGGAGAAGGGAGGGUGGAGAGGCUCUGGGUAGAUGGAGCUAGGUGUUCUGGGAAAGGGAAGGCUUUCUGAGAGGCAGUAACAGCUUCAGCCAAGUUCCUGGGCUGGGGAAGUACAGGACAGGUCCAGGGAAAAGCGGGCCCACCAAGCCCACCUCUUGUCCCCACAGUCCAGGUGGAGGCCGCAGAGGGCCCGGGGCAAAACAGGGGCAGCAAUGGUGGGUCCUGACGGUGGCUGAGCCCCCAGCCCCUGGAAUAUGCAGCCCGGGGGAGCCCCAGGCAGCGGCGAGGACGCGGUGGCGGAGCGGGGCGGGAGGCAUGGUCUCCACCUACCGGGUGGCCGUGCUGGGGGCGCGAGGCGUGGGCAAAAGUGCCAUCGUGCGCCAGUUCCUGUACAACGAGUUCAGCGAGGUCUGCGUGCCCACCACCGCCCGCCGCCUCUACCUGCCUGCUGUCGUCAUGAACGGCCACGUGCACGACCUCCAGAUCCUCGAUUUCCCACCCAUCAGCACCUUCCCUGUCAACACACUGCAGGAGUGGGCAGAUGCCUGUUGCAGGGGACUCCGGAGCGUCCAUGCCUACAUCCUGGUCUACGACAUCUGCUGCUUUGACAGCUUUGAGUACGUCAAGACCAUCCGCCAGCAGAUCCUAGAGACGAGGGUGAUCGGCACCUCGGAGACGCCCAUCAUCAUCGUGGGCAACAAGCGGGACCUGCAGCGCGGGCGCGUGAUCCCGCGCUGGAACGUGUCACACCUGGUGCGCAAGACCUGGAAGUGCGGCUACGUGGAGUGCUCGGCCAAGUACAACUGGCACAUCCUGCUGCUCUUCAGCGAGCUGCUCAAGAGCGUCGGCUGCGCCCGCUGCAAGCACGUGCACGCCGCCCUGCGCUUCCAGGGCGCGCUGCGCCGCAACCGCUGCGCCAUCAUGUGACAACGCGCC